AUGCUGCUCAAAAAUGCGGUCAAAUGUACUCUCGACCCCGAUAUGAUUGCACGGAAGUUUUGGUAUGGACUGAGGGCAGAGCUCCUCGAAGUCUUUGACAUAGCCAACUACCACAUCAUACAUAGGCUAGUCCUCGACACGACUUUGCUGGAAUCCACUGAGGACGUGCCCCUCAAGGAGGACGCAACAUGGGGCGCCAGCAAUGCAUCCACGUACCAUGUCCGGGACUGGUUGAGGCCUUUGAGGACGGGAACUAUAUACGUAUGCCACGUGAGUGGUUGGAUGCGUAUCGAAGGCAAGCCGACCUACACAUCAAGCAGGAACCAAGGGAGGAAACGGUUGGUUGGUGGAAUCAGAAGAUGA